CUUUCAGGAGAGCUUUAAUAUCGUGCUUUGCGAAGAUUAUAUUGAAAGCAAUAAUCUGCCAUUAUGGAUCGUCGACAAGUACGACCAAGCUCUGAUGAGAAUAUUAUCAGGAUUCCUCCAUUUUACUACAUUCAUGUAUUGGAUCAAAAUUCAAAUGUCACAAGAGUGGAAGUGGGUCCUAAGACCUACAUACGCCAAGAUAAUGAAAGAAUCAUUUAUGGUCCUGAGAAAAUGGUCACAGUGCCACCACGUCAUUACUGUAUUAUAGAAAACCCAGCAGUUAGAGGAGACGAUGGUACAGUCAAGUUUGAUGUUAGUGGUCAGGUCAAACUCAACCAUGCUGAUCAGGAUAUCAGACUAGCUCAAGAACCAUUCCCUCUGUUUCCUGGAGAAGUUUUAAAGCAGGUCGUGAGCCCUUUGAAAGUUGUUACAGCAAACACUGCUCUUAGACUGAGAUCCAUUCUGGAUUUUGAAGAUGACAUUGGUUCGAAGAGAGUUGCUGGGGAUGAGUGGUUAUUUGAAGGACCAGGAACAUAUAUCCCUAAAAAGGAAGUUGUGGUGGAGGAGACCAUCAGAGCUACAGUAAUAAAACCAAAUCAAGCGAUAAAACUACGUGCCAGAAAAGAGACGCUUGACAGGGAUGGUAACCCACGCGUGACUGGUGAAGAAUGGCUGGUCAGAAAGAUAGGUGCCUAUUUACCUGGUGCCUAUGAGGAAGUGGUGGAUAUUGUUGAUGCAUACGUGCUUACUGAUAAGAAAGCACUUCACAUGAGGGCAACACGAACCUUCAAAGAUGACAGUGGAAAGCUUCGUAGAAAUGGUGAAGAAUGGUUAGUGAAAGUGGAGGAUGCAGAGACGUACAUUGCCAAUGUAUAUGAGGAGGUUGUUGGUGUUGUACCCAUCACUACGCUAACUAACAGACAAUACUGCGUGAUAUUGGACCCCUCAGGUCCCGACGGCAAGCCACAACUCGGACAGAAAAAACUUGUCAAGGGAGAAAAAUCGUUUUUCUUACAACCUGGUGAAAAAUUAGAAAAAGGUACUCAGAAUGUGUACGUACUUGGAGAAGAUGAAGGUCUUAUUCUUAGAGCCACUGAAGCCUUCAAAGAUGAGGGCACUGAUAGAAGACCUGGUGAUCGUUGGAUGAUCCGUGGCCCAACUGAGUAUGUUCCACCUGUCCAGGUUGAUGUGGUGACAAAAAGAAAAGCUAUUCCCCUAGAUGAAAAUGAAGGUAUCUAUGUGAGAGAUACAAAGUCUGGUAAGGUGAGAGCUGUGACUGGGGAAACUUACAUGCUGACGCAAGAUGAGGAACUGUGGGCCAAGGAGUUACCUCCUAUUAUUGAAAACCUGCUCCAGAGCAAUAAGGACCCUUUAGCUGACCGUAGUGAUCGUGGCAGUGCAUCUGGAGCACAGAAAAGCAGAGAGAAAACGAAAGUAGUUUCAUUCCGUGUGCCUCAUAAUGCAGCCGUACAGAUUUAUGAUUAUAAAGACAAGAAAGCUAGAGUAAUAUAUGGACCAGAGUUGGUCAUGCUUGGACCGGAUGAGCAGUUUACUCAACUUUCCUUGUCUGGUGGUAAACCUAAAAGACCAAAUGUUAUCAAAUCAUUAGUUUUGCUACUUGGACCAGAUUUUUGCACUGAUAUUAUCACCAUAGAAACAGCUGAUCAUGCUAGAUUACAGUUACAAUUGUCUUACAACUGGCAUUUCAAUAUUGAUGACAAGAAUGAUGCUAAGGAAGCUGCCAAAUUAUUCACCGUACCAGACUUUGUGGGAGAUGCUUGUAAAGCCAUUGCAUCUCGUGUGAGAGGUGCCGUUGCUAGCGUUCAAUUUGAUGAUUUCCAUAAGAAUUCAGCUAAAAUCAUCCGUGCUUCAGUCUUUGGGCUGGAUGAGAAACAGAAAGUGCGUGACCGUUUUGUAUUCCCCCAGAACAACUUGGUAAUUACCAGUAUUGAUAUUCAGUCAGUUGAACCAGUUGAUCAACGUACCAGAGAUGCCUUACAGAAAUCUGUUCAGUUGGCAAUUGAAAUUACCACUAAUUCACAGGAAGCCACAGCAAGACAUGAAGCAGAGCGUCUUGAGCAAGAGGCAAAAGGUAGACUAGAACGCCAGAAGAUUCUAGAUGAAGCAGAGGCUGAGAAAUCUCGAAGAGAGCUGUUAGAAUUGCAAGCUAAUAGUGCUGCUGUUGAGAGUACUGGUCAAGCUAAGGCAGAAGCACAGUCUCGUGCUGAGGCUGCCAGAAUUGAAGGCGAAGCUGCUGUUCAACAAGCUAAAUUGAAAGCAGAAGCAGCCAGAAUUGAAGCAGAAUCUGAGUUGGAGAGAUUAACAAGAGCGCGUGAGGCGGAAACUAAAUAUCUGAAGGAAAACAACACAUUGGAGAUUGCUAAAUCAAGAGAAGUUUCUGAAAUUGAAGUUGAAAAAUUCAAAAACAUGGUUGGUGCUAUUGGAGCUGACACUAUCCGUGCUAUUGCUGUCUCGGGUCCUGAAAUGCAGGUAAAACUGUUGCAGUCACUUGGGCUGAAAACAACAUUGAUCACUGAUGGAAACUCCCCAAUUAACCUAUUCAACACUGCACAUGGUCUACUUGGUGCUACUUCAGCACUUCCAAGCUCCGAAAAAUUACGUAGUGAUUGUAUUGACUCUGAUGAUUAAACAUAACAACUCUGCUUAAACAAAUCUUGUUAUGCAGAAAGACUCAAUUCCCUGGCCAGAAGAACUGUUUUUACUUUGAUGUCAAUAUACUCUAGAAUUGCCUGCUUGAUUGCGGAAACAGAGAAAAUAUUUUUAGAAAACAAAAAAAGUAGAACAACCUAAAUUGUGUGACAGUAUUUGUUCAUCCAAAAUAAACAUUAAAAAACACUGAACCUUAAAAAACAUUGUGAAACAAUAAAGAAAAUUAUGUUAGGCAUGUUAACAUGAAAUGAAAUUAAACUAUUAAAUGCACUGUAGUAUUGCAUUCAUGUGAAAAACUUCACUUUUUAAAGUUUAACAUAGAAAUUUUCUGAUGGUUUUCUGUAACAUUGCAACAGACUAAUGGCUGAUAAAUGUAAUAUAUUUUGUAAAACUAAUAAUAGAAAAAAAAAAUAUUAAUGCGAUAUAUAUGUGUAAUUUGUCAAACUAAUACCAGGUAAUGGAAAAAAAAAAAUGAGUGUGCUUUCAUAUUGAUGUUAUCACGUGAACCCCUUGGGCAUCAUAAUUUGUUUCUGCCAACAUUUUGGUACAACUUUCUGUUAUGUAAAUUUUUUGAUAAUUAUGGAACAAUUCUUGAUCAACAUUUUGGAAAAUAUGAAAAAAAUUAUAAGGGUUUUAUUUCAUGAAAAGUGACAGAAGUCAAAUUUGGCAUCCAAGGGGUUAAUAUAGUAAAUAGAGUAAGCUACUUAAAAUAUUUGAUUAAUCAAUGGACAAUUUUUGUAUGUUUUUGUUUCACUAUUCAGAUGACCAGACUAAAUUGAUUCUUUGGUUUUCUCACAUGUCAAAUAUAGUGUUCAUGUUUAGUGGUUUUCUACAUAAAUGGUCUGUGUCCCGUGGACAUACCAGACCCUCAUCUCCAUCAUUUACAUAGUUUGCGAGGCGCAUACAGUCCAAACACAAACUGUACGUUUCCAAAUUCUUUUUUUGUUUAGAAUUUCAAGUGCCCUUUUUUCAGUGUUAUUUCUGUGUAACUUUAAUUGUGGUAACAAGGGCAUUUAUAUUAGUAUUUAUAUACUCAGACUUAGAAAUAUAUUACCAUUUUGUAUAAUUAAGGUGAUGAAUAAAAAUGAGAAGAAAAAUA